CUGGAAACCUGACGUGGAUCGCAGCCGAGCAGCGAAGAGCGGCAGCGGCGUGUGUGUGUGUGUGUGUGUGAGUGUGUGUGACAGUGACAGAGUUGCGGCGGAGCAGAUCAGAAAGUGCCCGUGGCUGCUCUCCGCCGUCUCGCGCACUCCUCCUCCUCGGACCGGUCAGAGUCGCACGAGACCGGCGCCGUGCGACCCGGUUCUACUGGCCCCGCGCGUGACCCGAGGAUCCCGCUGAGACGAGCCCGGAGCUGGAGAGCAGGAAAGCUGGAACUAAACUACAUUCAUUGACUUGUGAGCGAUGCACUGGCAGCAUGGCCAAGUGGUUCAAGGAGCACCUAGGAUUCAAAACUACCAAAGCACCCCCACCGGCGCCUCCGAAACCGGACUACAGACACUGUCACACCGGUGUGCCCGGAGCGCCUGGCUACCAACAGACGAGCUCCGGGGCCACCUUUCCCCCGAGCCCCGCUCAACCGGACAUCCUCGCUGCUUACAAACUACAGAAGGAGCUAGACUUCGAGGACCCGUACAUUCCAGGCGGAAAUAUUUCAUUCGGCUCGAGUUUGAACACUGUGGGGUCGCCGGAUAUCAAGUAUGUGUCACCAAAGCACCGACUUAUCAAGGUGGAAACCAUCGAAAAGAGCAGCCCGGCUCCGGGAGGGGGUGUCACGGUCACCCAGGCUGUAGCUGUAGGGAGUGUUAAAUCUCCCACUUCACCUCCUUCCGACCACGACAACAAGGAGAAGCUCAUUAUCCUUGAAGACUAUGCGGACCCUUUUGAUGCUGAGCAGGCUGGUGGCACUCAGACCAUCACGGAAAAAGUGACAACAGAGAACGAUGGCUAUAUGGAGCCAUACGAGGCCCAGAAGAUGAUGGCAGAGAUCCGAUCUGGUGGCCGAGGCCCUAAGGAGGGAUCUGUGAGGCAGCUGCCCCUGUACGACACACCGUAUGAGCCAGCCGAGAACGGUGGAGACUCAGACCCUGAGCGCUCUCGCUGCCCCAGAGAAAGUCGUCUGCCCCAGGAUGAUGAACGACCCCCUGAAGAGUAUGACCAGCCGUGGGAGUGGAAGAAGGAGAGGAUUUCCAAAGCCUUCGCAGUAGAGAUUAAAGUGAUCAAGGACCUACCAUGGCCUCCUCCUGUCGGCCAACUCAACACCAGCCCUCCCCCGGUGGAGGAGCUAGAGUCUCCUUCCCAGACAGCUCAGCCCUCGCCGGGACAGACAAGCUGUGACCAGCACCACCAUGUUCAGUUUGAUGGUGUGGAAAAGUCUCGAAUGUCGCCCACCAAGGAGGGGAAAACUCGCCCGCUACAGCGACAUUCCAGUGGCUGUCUGGUCAACACUAAAAUGACUUCAGUGGACCACUGCAGCUCCUCUGUCGGGGAACGUAUUGACCCCACCAUGCCUCUGGAAAGCCAGUUCUGGUACCAUGGAGCCAUCAGCCGAACAGACGCAGAGUCUCUGCUCAGGCUGUGUAAAGAGGCCAGCUACCUUGUGAGAAACAGCGAGACCAGCAAGAACGACUACUCCCUCUCCCUUAAGAGCAGCCAGGGCUUCAUGCACAUGAAGCUGUCACGGACGAAGGAGAACAAGUACAUCCUGGGCCAGAACAGCUGCCCCUUUGACAGCGUGCCUGAGAUAAUCCAUUUCUACUCCAGCCGCAAGCUGCCCAUCAAGGGUGCCGAACACAUGUCCCUGCUCUACCCUGUAGCCAUCAGGACACUAUAGUGCUCUGGGUCCCCUGCAGGCGUCUGCCCCUGCAGCACUCGCCGGGCCGCCCUGUGGCUCCUCGCUUCCUGUCCCUGUGGACAGACCCCGCUAGGGUCAUGGGAAGAUGAACAGUGGCAUCCCAAACUGCUGAUCCUGACUCACCUCACUGGCCGACAGAUUCCACACCUGUUUCGAAGGCCUACUGCGUACUAUCUCAUACACACACAGACUCAGUGUUGCAGAAGUUUUUAUUAUGUUAUUGUAUUUUAUUUUAUUUAUGACAGACAUCCACUUAUUACAUCAGAGACUGACUAGCUAAAGAGCAUCAUUUCAUUGAUUGUUGAGCUGAUUACCCAUAGCACUUAACACUCAAAGAAAAAGAAAGGUACAACAUAGCAUUUGUCACUGGGAUUAACCUCUUAUCAUGAACUGUUGUACCUUUUUCCUACGAGUGCACAUCGUGACAAUUAUGUAUGAAAUGUGUGUUUGAGGUUCUCUUCUGGUUAGGCUCUGUUGAUGCUGUAAUUGUAUUUCAAAGGGGACUUGAAGAUUGUAAGAGCCGUGUAAGGGAAGCAACAUUUAUGAUGCAUGUUGAGCGAUAUUGUCCGCGUGGGCCCCAUACAGUGGCCAGGAUAUUGAAUAAACUGGCCGUGUAUGAAUGGUGCGUCCCCAGCUGCGCGGGAACAACAGGCCUGUGAGCUGUGCAGACUGAUCUCUCUAUCUUGUCAUAGUGCAUGUUGUCUGCUAUCCAUCACUGAGUGGGUGUAUCACACCAAUGACAGUGUAAGUACCAUAGUGGUGAGACAGGCAGGAGAGCGUGAUGGAUGGGUCAAGCUAUCCGACACAGUACAAUUGGCUGAGGCUAGAGACCGGAGCCUGUCCAAAUGGACCAAAUUACCCCCGCUACCCCUGCUUAGAAUGGCUUUGCAUUGGGAGAAUGAAAUAUGCCUGCAUUGUCUACCUCAGAAAAUCAAUUUCAUUCGCCCAUCUGCAGAUCAAUAGGUACAAUGGGAUUGCAGACAUCGAUCUGCUCUCCCUUCGACAUUCCCAAUUCCCUUAAAAUUGCAUCAUUGGUUUUAGAAAUAUGCUUUUUGAAUACAGUUAAUCCGAGUUUUUUUUUUAGAAUGAAAACACAAGCAGAUUUUUUCAGAUCAGCAAUUGUAUGUAUAGUUACUAUUAUAAUGCUGUGUGAUGUCAGUAACAAAUGUUUGGUUAACGCCUUAUAAUGCAUGGGUCAAAUCAGUCCACUAGAUCAGCUGAUUUCCAGUUCUGCUUUUAACAAUUGUUCUGUGACUGUAAUUUAUUCUGGGGUAAUUAUUACUGAUGUGUUACUCCUUUGUGAUUGGCCCGUCGGCCCCCUCGCCCUCAUCGUUGUGUGCCGAUGUGAUCGUGUUUUUUGGGACUACUCCGGCCUCUUUUUUGCUGUGGUGCUUUGCAUUUUUGUUGUUUCCAGUUUUGCUAAAUGCACGUUUGCCUCGGUGGCCUGACUCUGGGACACGAGUCGCUGCGUCUCCUGACCAACAGGGUUGUCAUGUCAGGCCUCGUGUGAGGGACGAUUACACACCCUCCCGCCUCCAACACAUCGAUCACAGUGCAGCCUGUCCAAAACCAGAUUAACACUCGCCUUCAAACCAUCAUGCUUCCAUUUCCCUUUAAAUUCUCCAGAUGUCCAUACAUGUGUGAACGCGAGAGAGUAUGCCUGUGUGCAACAUGUUCAUGUGUAUGAUAUUUGUAUGCACAUGAGAAUGCGUGUGUCCCAGUAUGUUUUUAACUCUGCUGGUACCUGGUGACAGCUAGUGCUUGAACUUCUUUGGUUGUCAGCUUUUAUUUUUCUCCCUUAAACUAUAAAAAGUAGAAUUUUCCCUGCGGCUUACUAAUUUACCUUCCUUCCCGUAUUCCCUCAUUAAUCACGUUUGAUUUUUAGCAACUCAUAGGAAUGACAUGUUUGCGUUUUGGCUUCAGUUUGUUGUAAUGGAGCCAAUAAUAUUUCAGCCCGCGGCAGAUAAUAUUGCUUACUAACUGCAGGCAGAAGAAGCUGAUUUGCCAACAGUAGCAGCGCCAUGAAGUGAGUCUAAUGAGACUGCCUAAUGCAUGUAUGAUCAGACUUCAGAGGAAGCCUUCAUCAGUCUUAUGAGUUGCAAAAUUCUGUGGUUUAAUGAGCAAGUUAAAAAUGAAAAUAUUGUCGGCGAGGCUUCGGCCUGAGCUGAAAAUGACUGAUACUAAGAAUUAGCAACUGACUUUAGCAAGCAUGACCACUGUAUAUACAGAGUCAAACACAUUUUGGCUUUGACUGUAUCUCCGCUGUGUGCUAUGCAACCAUAAACUGCAGUGAUUGAAGAGGAAAUGAUAGGAAUGUUUAUGACAAAUGUGAUGGUACAAAACGACCACCAAGAGGGAAUGUAAUCGGCAGAGUGACUUGAUUAGUUAAAAAAAUAAGAUAAGAAAAAGAUUCCAGAAAGUGGGAUGUAUUCAGGUGUUUAUUUUGCUGGUGCAGUAAGUGAGCAGACAGAUGUCAUGGUCAUGAGAUCAAUAUGUCAUAUGAGGGUGUCUCCUAACGGCAUCCGCAGCUUUAUUGAGGAAUAGUAUGUUGUGGAAGUGGACCUAUGUAUUACCUUGAGAGACGAUAUCCUAGAAAGAAAUGCAAAGUUAAAAUAGACUAUAUGUGAGACGUAUCCUUUAUGCUCCCAAUGUUCACUGUUUAAUAGAUCAGAUGUUGACAGUAGAGGCUCUUUAUUUAGUUGCUGCUGCUGCUGAGCAUUACUGUACUAAAGGGAAGAGCCUGCGUGCGAUGGCCGCACUGCCGAGAGAGAGGCCUUAGCUUUGGAGAAAAGGGAAAACGGGAGAGAUGGAGGGGAAGAAUACGGGAGAAACGGAGGGAAGGCUGCUCUGACAUGGGGGAGGGAUUUUCUGCAAUCGGCAGACACACUCUUCACAUUCAUGUUUCCAUAAUGACAGCCUGAAUGAGCCCUUCUCCUCUCUCAGAAGUGUCUUAAUGCUUGUGUGUGUGUGAAGCAGUGUCUGUUGGGUGUGUGAGUGUGUGUGUGUGUGUGUGAAUAUACUGGUGUAAGCAGCCAUCAGCCAUUGACUUGCCCCGAGUGUAUCUUCUGUAUCACUUUACUGUGGUAAAGUGGCAUGUAUGAGUUUCCUUUGUGUACAUUUUCGUGCCACAUAUGUAUGCACUACUAUAACAUAUCUCUGUACAGUCCCUCAUGGCCAAAUGUAUAUACUGAAUGUAUUGUAUGGGGACAUAGAGGCAUCAAGGUUCAAAAUAAAUAAAGUCGGGUUUAUGAGUUUAA